ACCUUGUCUGUUCCGGCUGUAUGGUUUAUUGUUGCGUCAGAGCCAAAGAGAGCCAGCGAGAAGCAUGCCGGGGGAGAGCACUCACAGAUCUGUCCCCGCCGACAAGCAUCCAGAGCAGGGAGCUGAGGAGACAGGGCUCCCUGGACCAGACAUGACCAGACACCCAUCUACUGACUCCACCCCUAGUGACAGUGGCUCCUCCCCUAGUGAUUGUGGUUCUAGCCCUUCUCCCAGCACUCCUCAGAAGCUACUCCCAGCAUGCACCUCUCCAUUUGGACCACGAAUAUUUCAUGCAACACCUAGUUCCUCUGGUUCUCCAAGACCUCAACCUGAAGGCUCUGACCAUCGCAACAGCAACACGCCAAAAUUGUCGGGAAAGUUAGGUGGUCAUGGACCGUGUGGCCGCCUCGUCCCUGUUAAGAUGGAGAGAAUCAAGGUCCUGACCGGGUCUGAGGUGGAAAGUGAUUACCAAGAGCCACAAACCAUUGACACAAGGGUGGUGAUGGGUCAAGAGACACUGCUCAAAACAACAGAGAUCCAGAAAGGGAAACCCGUGGUUGAGCCGAGUGGUCAGGCUAUCCCUUUGCCGGCUAUCCCAAGCUUUUCAGAUCCUCAGGCACAAGCAGAGGAGACUCAGCUGGAGACCAGCAAAGAGGAAAGCCGAGCCCAAAGCCCUCAAAAACAGAAGGAUCAGCAAAAAGACCCUGUGCAGCCCCCAGCCACACUACCUUCCCCUUUUCACAAACCCCUGUUACCUUCCCCAUCCUCCCCAGAGCCUGUCACGACCAAUGACAGUUUGAUAGACAACCAGGAAGAGGUUCAAACCCUCUCUGAAAACGAAGUGCCUUCCCUCUCUUUUUCGGAGCUUGCCUGUCCAGUUGCUUUGUCCUUCUCUGAACCAGCCUAUGCUGUUGACCCUCUACGAGUGGGUGUGCCCUCAUCUCUUGACCCUGACUUGUAUUAUACCGCCCCUUCCACCCCAAUCAAGAUGGCUUCCCGCUCUUCACACCUUAAACAUCAUUCAUAUCCUGGCUCUCCAGCCUCCCCGCUCUCCCCUGGUUCUCCCUCAGACAGCGAGGACCUGUGUUCCCCUCUCACCUCUCCCUCUGGUUCUUAUAUCACGGCGGAGGGAGGCAGUUGGACCUCCUCUUACACAUCUUCCACCUCCCCAUCCACUUCUCCCAAUCUGCUCCUCACAGAGGAAGCACAGGAGGCCCCUGCUUGCUUUGUGAGCUCCUUAUCAGAAAUUGGAGAUGAAGCUGGGGAGGAAAAGGGACAAGUGGGACCAGAACGAGAGGAGGAAAGGGCAGGGGACUUCUGCCUGUACCGCCCUGAGGAUUUUGUCAGGAAUUCACGGAUAGGUAUAACAGGGACAGUGAUCCUCGAGGAGGAAGAGGCUGUAAAAGGGGAAGAGGUCAAGAUUUCUAGAGAAAGUUGUCGUCCAUGCUGGGUGACUGAGGAUACAUCCCCUCUAAGGAGCAGUAGUAGCCGUAGCAGUGACUCCCAGGAGGAUGGAGGAGAGUCUGAAAGCUCACUCUGCCCAUUGGAAGAGGCUGGUUCAGACAGAAUAGAGUACCCUAGACCCAUGCAGACAGGCUUGAAAUUGCAACUGGAGGCAUGCAUAUCAGAUGAACACUAUGGACAGAUGGAUGACCACCCACAACUACCCUCCACUGCCUUGACUCCUGACAUAGAGAACAUGACCAUGGCCUCAUCUAGUCUUAGCCCUGACUCCCCUCUCACCCCCCUGGAUGCCUUCUGUUCCGGAGCCUUCGAUAGGCUCGGCCCCAACGAUGAUGAAAAUAAUGAAGAUGAUGACGGUGACGAGCACGAUGAGGCAGGUGAGGAAGCCAAGGUGGAGGUGAAAGUGGUGGAAGAGGAGGAAGAGGAGGAAGAGGAAGAGCAGGACGAUGAUGAUGUGGAGGAGUGUGAUAGCAAAGCAGUGGAGGAUCCUACAGAUGAGGACAGCUCAGCAUCGUUCCUUCAUUCACUUUCAGACACAUCUAUCAAUGAGGGCCAGACCCUCAACCAGAAUCUACCAGUGGAAUAA